GUAGAAAGGGGGGGUUAUGGAGGGCUGUGGGGUCGUGGGGAGCAGUGCUGAGCUGUGACUCAGUUUCCCCAAAAGCACCACAGCGAGGCCUGAGUCCGACCCACACCCAGGGGUGCCCCUCAGCCCCCCAGUAACCCCCAUGGCACAGCUGAGGCACGCUGAGGGCUGAAAGUAUCAGCAUUGCAUGCCCCCCCCCAACCCCCCAGAUCCCGCAGCCAUGACUUCCUACCGGCAAGAGCUGGAGAAAUACAGGGACAUCGACGAGGACAAGAUCCUACAGGAGCUGUCAGCCGAGGAGCUGGAGCAGCUGGACACUGAGCUGCUGGAGAUGGACCCCGAGAACGUGCUGCUGCCAGCGGGGCUGCGGCAGCGGGAUCAGACACAGAAGAGCCCAACGGGGCCGCUGGACCGCGAGGCUCUGCUGCAGCACCUGGAGAAGCAGGCGCUGGAGGCCAAGGAACGUGAAGACCUGGUGCCAUUCACUGGGGAGAAGAAAGGGAAACCUUUUGUCCCCAAAAACCCAACACGGGAGAUCCCCCGCGAGGAGCAGAUCACGCUGGAGCCGGAGCUGGAGGAGGCGUUGGCCAACGCCACCGAAGCUGAGAUGUGUGACAUCGCAGCCAUCCUGGGGAUGUACACACUGAUGAGCAACAAGCAGUACUACGACGCGAUCUGCAGCGGGACCAUCACCAACACGGAGGGCAUCAACAGUGUGGUGAAGCCAGAUAAGUACAAACCAGUGCCAGAUGAGCCCCCAAACCCCACCAACGUGGAGGAGACGCUGCGGCAAAUCCAGGCCAACGACAGCGCGCUGGAGGACGUCAACCUCAACAACAUCAAGGACAUUCCCAUCUCCACGCUGAAGGCCAUCUGCGAGGCCAUGAAAACCAACACCCACGUCAAGAAGCUCAGCCUGGUGGCGACCCGCAGCAACGACCCCGUGGCCACUGCCGUGGCCGAGAUGCUGGCAGAGAACAAAACACUGCAGAGCCUCAACAUUGAGUCCAACUUCAUCACCAGCGCCGGCAUGAUGAGCGUCAUCAAGGCCAUGUACCAGAACAGCACCCUGAGCGAGCUCAAGGUGGACAACCAGUGCCAGCGUCUGGGGGACACGGUGGAGAUGGAGAUGGCGACGAUGCUGGAGCAGUGCCCCUCCGUCGUGCGCUUUGGGUACCACUUCACACAGCAAGGCCCCCGCGCCCGCGCCGCCAUCGCCAUCACCCGCAACAACGAGCUCCGUGAGUGCCCCUCCCAGGGGGAAAUGGGGGGAGAUCAAGGGGUUGAUGGGAUCUGGGGACCUGACCUGCUUUUCCCCUGCCCCAGGUCGCAAGCAGAAGAAAACCUGAGCGUCCCCCGCCACGGCCCUGCUGGAGCCCGGAGCUUGGCUCACCCAUGGGCUCUGCUUUGGGCUCCCUGGGGUCGGAUCCGCUGUAAAUAAAGAGGACGGAGACACAGGGCUGAA